UUAAAAGCUAAACAGCCAGACCGCCGCAGAAAUCUCAGUUCGACUUAGUCGAAAUACAAAAUGCCUCCGUGCUUUUAGUUCUAAAGCUCAUGAGAAUACCGGCGGACGUUUCGUUUUUUAUGCUGAACGGAAAAUAUAAAUUUGUCGUGAAUAAAAAGUGUUUGAAAGACCUGUGAACGGAACAAAGAAUUAAUUGCUGAUUAUUUAACCAAAGAAAGCAAACUAAAACAAACAAAAAAGCCAACAAAAAGAAUAAAUAAAUCACACAUAGACCCGAUGCACGAUUUACUAAUGUUUGAUUAGACCUCCAAUAAAAGUUCUAGUCCGAUCGAUUGAUUCUUUGAUUACAAAGUUAUAAAAAUAAAAAAGGCAAACAGAACCGUUGGCCGCCGUAAGAGUAGCUGCUGCAAUAAAUGAAUCGAAUUUGAUCAUUUAGACAUUUGAUGUACCAAAAUCCCGGCAAUAACAAUUCAUUAGCUGGUGGAGGAGGAGGCGCUGGCCACGCUACAUUAAUAAAUCCCAACGCCCCAAAUAUGGAUUCCAUGCAACAGCAGCAACAACAGCAGCAGCAACAGAAUAUCAACUACAAUGGAAUGCAGCAGCAACAACAGCAGCCACAACAACAGCAACAAGGCCCAAAUGCUGUCAACAAAAAUAUGCGCAAGAAGCCCUACGUUAAGAUAACGGAGCAGCCGGCCGGUAAAGCCCUAAGAUUCCGUUAUGAAUGUGAGGGCCGCUCAGCCGGCUCAAUACCAGGUGUUAACUCAACGCCCGAGAACAAAACAUACCCCACCAUCGAAAUUGUGGGCUAUAAGGGUCGUGCAGUGGUUGUUGUUUCCUGUGUCACCAAAGAUCAGCCCUAUCGGCCUCAUCCCCACAAUCUGGUUGGAAAGGAAGGCUGUAAGAAAGGCGUCUGUACCCUAGAGAUUAAUUCGGAAACAAUGAGGGCUGUGUUCAGCAAUUUGGGCAUACAAUGUGUCAAAAAGAAGGACAUUGAAGCAGCUCUCAAAGCACGCGAAGAAAUUCGGGUGGAUCCAUUCAAGACUGGAUUUUCGCAUAGAUUUCAACCUUCAAGUAUUGAUCUGAACUCAGUUCGGUUGUGUUUCCAAGUGUUCAUGGAGAGCGAUCAAAAGGGGCGCUUCACACAACCGCUUCCGCCCGUGGUCUCGGAACCCAUCUACGAUAAGAAAGCCAUGUCGGACCUGGUGAUUUGUCGCCUGUGCAGUUGCUCGGCCUCGGUGCUGGGCAAUACCCAAAUCAUUUUGCUGUGUGAAAAAGUUGCCAAAGAAGAUAUUGCUGUGCGCUUCUUCGAGGAGAAGAAUGGCCAAUUAUUCUGGGAGGCAUAUGGAGAGUUCCAACACACCGAUGUUCACAAGCAGACUGCCAUAGCAUUUAAAACGCCUCGAUAUCGUACCAUUGAUAUAACAGGACCUGCUAAGGUCUUCAUACAGCUGAAGCGGCCUUCGGACGGUGUCACCAGUGAAGCGCUUCCAUUCGAAUAUGUACCCCUAGAUUCAGGUAGGAAACGAUUUUUGGAUUUGCGUCGGAACCUCAAGAGGAAACCCGACUUUGACAUAUUCCACGAGAUAUUAAGUGUCGCCAGCAGCGAAAAACAACAGGCGGUCGCACCAGCAAUGGAGGUCAUCGACCUGAAUACGCCGACUAGUGAGCAACCGUCAUCGGAAAAUCAAACAAUUGUUUCCGAACCGACGACCCAACUGACAUUGACGAACGAACCGUGUGACGAACGCCUCGAUGACGAAGAAUCCCAACGACUUAGCCAGCAAGCAAUCGAUACAAUAAUCGACGAGAAGAUGCGAGAGUUAGAGCAACAGCAGCAGCAAGAGCAACUGAGCGCCAUGCAGCAAGUGGUGGAAAUCAUCAACGCCGAAGAUAACCAACUCCAAAGCCUCGCCAGCGAUUCGGCAACUCUCCAAGAACAGCAACAACAACAGAAUGCCAAUGAGAAAAUUAACGAAUGGAUGGAGGCGAAUGAAACGCAACAACAAGUUCAACCGAUUGGCGGUACUGAAUCCGAAGACAAGGCUUUGAGCGAUCUUCUAGACCAGGUUGCUGAAUUGGAUGAAAUCUACAGUGAACACGUUGUCCGACGCGACACCUACCACAAUGCCCUGCUCAAUGAAUUAAACGGCAUUGAUGCGUGUGUUCCUGAAGCGAACGCAGGCUUGGUCGAUGGCGGCCAGACGGCCAUGGAUGUCGAUGACAGCUUUGACGAUGCAGCUACCUACAGCAGCUUGCAGAUCGCUUUCAAGAAUCCCAUUACCAUACCCAUGGACAGUAUAAUGCCACCCUCGCCUCCAGCUUCUAUUCAGACUGACAUUGGAGGUGAUUGUAGUAAUUAUGAUCCGGUGGAGGUGAAGUCUAGUCCGGCAGCGGCGGCCAGUACUCCAGAUAUUGUACAACAACAGCAAUCGCCACCACGGCCAGCGCCGCCUAGGACCGUGUCUUCGCCUCAUAUGCAUGUCACUGCAGUGGAACAGGAAAAAGUACCGCCAUUGCCGCCGAAACGUCUACGCAAGCAGGACAGCAAUGCCGAGAACCGUUCGAUCGAGGCAAACAUAGACGCAGAUGCUGGACGCAAAAUGAGACAACAGGCUCCCAUACUAAUUACCAAGCCCACGGAUCAAUUGCCUCCCACCAAACGUUUACCACAAAAGCCCGGCUCCAGCAAUACCUUGCCUAGGCAAAAGAAACCUGGAUUCUUUUCAAAACUGUUCUCGCGACGCAAGAGCAAAUCUGACCUUAGCCAACCCGGUGAUCUUGAGACUGGAUCGAAGGCUGCUUCCAAGGCUGGAUCGAAAGCUGCAAGCCCAGACGCAAGUCGAGAGCCUAGUAUUGGAUAUUUCGAUCUAAAGGAUAAUCACCGAUCAUCCUUGCGAUCGGCGAAAUCAUUGCAACCACCCUCCUUCCCAAGUUCGCCUUCAAAGACCACAGAGAAAGUUGGCAAACCUGUAGCACGAAGUGUCAGCAGUGUAUCUGGCAAGCGCCGUCUUCUGUACCACACGAACGCCGAUGUCAUACACAUCCCGCUGAAGGGCAAUCUAUAUCCCGAUGAAGAAUACUCACAUGCCAGUACCAUAACCUUGGCCAAUACCCUGGAUCAAAAUACAGUGUCCGCCUUAGAGCAAGCCCAAAUACCCAUUACAGAUGGCAAUAUGGAGCUGGUAGCCAUUGCCGAUCGAGAGGGUCUGCGUACUCUGGCUGAUGGCCAGUUCAAUGUCGAACUAGAUCCCAGCAUGGAUCUGACGGAGGCAGAACACUAUGCCCUCUACACGACAAUGCCGCCCAAGGCGACGGCCAGUGAAUUCGAUGAGGCCUCUGCCUAUUAUGCGCCCGUGGACGCAGGAGAAAUACUCUCGCCGGAGGAGGUGGCCCAGCGAUUGUUGGCUGCCAAUCGUCAAAAUUAGAACAUCACCCGCUCAAUAGGUGUUUGUCUACUUGUCGUCCAAAUCGUGACGACUUUUGUGGCUAAAUCGAGAGAAUCUUCUUGAAAAGCUUACAAAAUGGUCAUUGCGAGGUGCCAGGAAUUUUACACUGCUGCUGUUGCUGCAGGUGAUGCUCUAGCUCUCGCUCAAUACUCUCUUGCUCGUACUACUAUCUAUUUGUAUUUAAAUAGUGACGCCGCCCUCACACCUACAGACACUCACAAAUAGGUGUUGACGUGUUCGAGGUGUUGACGUCACAAUGAAAUUGUGUAAUUUGCCAAAAAAAAUAUUAUUUUUUUUUUAAACCAACCAACAAAAACAACAGCUCUCUUUCUCUCUGCGCACACUCUCCUGUUACUUUCGACAAGGAAACAUUUGUUUGAGAACCCGGUAUUGCUCCCGGUAUUUUGUUAAAAUCAACGCCACACCAAAGUUUUUGGGGUGUGUGCGAUCGAUUCAAUUGUUGGAAUUUUGUAUUAGUCCAAAAUAUAUUUGUAUUUCAUUGUUGACGGUGCUCAACGGUUAAAAAAUGGAGCCCAACGAAUCUAGUCUUAAACUCAAGAAUCCAAAGCAGCCGCAUUAGUUUGUAGUAGUUCCGCAAAAAAAAAAAACGGGCGCACUAACAGAAUUUUAUUCAAUAUUUUUAUACAUGAAUAGAAAUUUAUUUUUAUUAUUGUUAUUGUUAUAGAAUAAUAUUAUGUGCACAAAAUCACAGAUGCACCCAUACAUACAGAUAUUGUUAAACAAUAGCGAACUCCUAAAAGAGUUGGCAAAAAUGUUUUUGGUCAAGAACAAAAUGGUUCUGAAAAUAUUGUAAUUUGUAUUGAAUCUAAAAAACAAACAAAAGAAAUUGUAAUGGAAUCCCCUCUAGGGAUCCAAUAUGCGAAUUUACAUUUCUAGAAUUUAAAAUCUAUCCUAAUUACAACAAACAACUACUACUAUUAUUACAUUUGUAUUUGUAUUCACAUCUAUUGGUAUUUGUAAGUUAGAAUUAAAAUUAAACUUAAAACUUUUUGGAAAAUGGAUGAGUCGCUGCUCGACCAUUUCCCGAACGGCAUAGAACUUCUUGCAUAUGUAUUGAAAACAGAAAAAAAAAAAACAAACAUAAACCAAAAUCAACAAAAUAUA